AUGAUCGGCUUGCGCACCGGAAGGGCCGCUGUUGGCAGGGCAGCUGCUCCCCUCGCCCUUCCACCCGUCCGGCCCCUCGUCCGACCCUCUUUACCCUCGCUCUCUCCUUUCCCACAAAAGCACCUGCGCAGUGUCCGCCUUCUAUCCACAGCCCCCAUAGCGUCCUCCUCAAUAGCUCCUCAAGAGGUUCCGCUAGACAACUACGACCUCGCCUCAUUGGAUCCUCCCAUCCCUAGCGACUUUCUCUCAGAGCCAGCGACGACGAUUUUCGACCCUCUCAUUCAUCCCCUAGCCGACGCUUUCCUGGCGAUACCGCACCCUUUGGGGUAUGGUGCUUCGAUAAUAGCUAUCACGCUUUUAGUACGAACCGGUCUGACUCUACCGCUAGCGAUCUGGCAGCGGAAAAGAGCCAAAAAGAUUCAAGAGGUCGUCAUACCAGAAUUAAAGCGUUACAACGACAUCAUGGCGCAACAUCUGGCUAGGGAGUAUAGGUCCAAGAACCUCUCUUAUUCCGAGUAUACAAUCGAAACGAAGAAGAGGAUGUAUCUUGCUCAAAAAGCUCUGCAUAAAAAGCACAACACUGUACCCUGGGUGACCAACUGGGUACCGCUCCUCGUCCAUCUCCCAUUCUUCCUCACAAUCUCCAUGACCAUACGCCGUGCCCUCGAUAUCCCUGGAUCAAGUCUCGCGGCCGAUUCCUUCUUCUGGAUCGAGCAAUUAGGUCAGGUGGACCCGUAUGGGAUAUUGCCCUUGCUUGGCAUGGGGGUGGCAUUUGGAAACGCAGAAAUGGUGGGCGCUAGAAGACGGGCUGUGGAUGCUGCCAAGACGAUGGCGGAAUAUAGUGUGGCGCCUGAAGGUGAGGCGAAGGCGGCCCAGCCAGAACCCCGGCCGACGCCAGUGAGAGCCGCGAGCCCUGUGCAGCCUGUGCAGGGCAGCUCAACCCCUCGCUCCUCAUCGCUGUUUGCUCGUGGGAAGCCAACAAAUAGUUCCAAAUCCCCAAAAUCAUCACCACCAUCCCGUCCCAUCAGUACGACAACAAGUGUCUUGGCCCGCCCACAUACAAAGUGGAAAGCCCCUAGCAAUGCCUUUUCCGAAAAAUUACGACAAGAGAAGAUAGCCAACGGGAUGGUGACGCUGGAGGAUGAAAAGCCUUCUGCCGUCUCACCGGAAAGGCAGGAAGAUAUCAAAAGGGAUGCUUUUGCGUAUAUUCUACGCUUUAUGGCUAUUGGUUUCGGGAUGCUUGCCAGUCAAAUGCCGAGUGGCGUGGUACUCUACUGGAUCGCCUCCAUCUGCUACAGUUUCGUGCAGAACUUUAUCUUCAGGAUCUUGCCGCGUUGGAGAGAUACCAAAACGCCUGACUCUGUAUCAGCCUUCUAG